AAGCACAUGCCAACAUCUCACACCUACAGAGGCGUGGAACUGUCAGCAAAGAGACGCAGAAGACUGCUGCACUGAGAACAGGACUCCUGUUGACUCGUGAACAACACGUAAAGAGACCACGAUGGACCAGUUAUCGUUUGCUCAGGAAAACCGGGAGAGGAUCCAUGCUGUUGAGAGCUCGUUUGGACCAAUGGGGAAGCCCCUGUUCCAACCGGGUCGGGUUCUGAUCGGAGAGGGCCGGUUGAUGAAGCAGAGCCGUCGGAGGCCACAGCCUAAAGUCUUCUUCCUCUUCAAUGAUGUGCUCGUGUACGGUAGCAUCAUCCUGAACGGCCGCUGGCACAAAAACCAGCAGAUCAUCCCUCUGGAGGACAUCCAGCUGGAGGACUUGGAGGACGGUGUGACAAUGAGGAAUCAGUGGUUGAUCCGAACACCGCGCAAGUCCUUCUACGUGGCAGCUGCCUCAUAUGAGGAGAAGCGAGCCUGGAUGGAGCACAUGGAGGAGUGCAAGUCCAGACUGCUGCAGAGCAGCGGCCAUAGGCCCGGGUCCACCUUCGCCGUCACAUGGAUCCCCAACCGGGCCUCCGCCAUUUGCAUGCGCUGCUCUGACAAGUUCACUGUGACCCAGCGUCGACACCACUGCAGAAAAUGCGGCUUUGUGGUCUGCGGGGCCUGCUCCAAGAAGCGAGCGGUGAUUGGGCACAUUCACCCCACUAAGAGGUUGAGGGUCUGCGGCAUGUGUCACUUGAGUCUUACGAGAACGGAGACAGAGGCCCAAGACAUGACACGUCUUAGGGGGGACAGCACUGGGAAGACAGGCUCGGAUGAAGAGGAAGUGGAAGGGUCCAGUGAAGAAGAGGAAGCAGAGGACCAAAUGGAAGACCAUAACCCCAGCAGGUGGGUGGACUCACCAAUGGACUCCUGGUCCCCCUAUGUCUCCAUUAAACCCGAGCAUCUGAGGCCCCCAACAUUAGCCACUCAGACAUGAACCUGUGCUUUGGGACUUUCUUUAACUCUGUGUCAGGAAACAUGGACACAAUGCUGAUACACGUUAAAAGUCAAGAGAAUAAUGUAUAUAGUCAAACACUGUUGUACAUAUUGUAUUUAUUGAUGUAAAUAAUUUGUCAUC